UAUAUUACUUGCUCUGUGCCAACUGCAACUGGGUGCUCAAAAAUCAUCAAAAAUUAUUGUGAUUGAGACGUGAGUACACAAACGGAAUGCAGUGAAGGUGUAGAUGGAUAUAAUAUUACUGUCUAAAAUAAUAAGAUGCUAUCUACUUAUGCUAUAGUAUUGGAGCAAACAUUACGAAUAAUAUAAAUCAAUUGAAUUUGAUUUAGGUAGGUAACAUAUAUUAUACUAUCAAGAUGAACAGGAAAAGGAAUGUAAAUUUUAUAAAACCUGAUGACCCACCAUUUUUAAAAGCUUUAAAAAAGCAGGCUGGCUAUGAUGACAGAAAUCAUAAAUUUGAUGAACUUCAAAACAAUGACGAGGAUUUUGUAAAUGAUGAUGAUACAGAGUUACCCCAAGUAGUAGUUUUGAAAAAAGGUGACCUUACUGCAGAAGAAGCUGAGAUUGAAGAAGAAAAGUUGAAAAAAAUUGAGUCUGAAACUAAAGCAGAUUUAAAUCAAAGAGUAAUAUUUAAAAAUAAGAGAAAAGUUAGUGAAGCAGGUAAAAAAGGCUCUGAGGAUAAAUCAAAAAGCAAAAAAAGUAAACAAUUAUUGUCAUUUGCUGAUGAAGAUGUAGAUGAUUGAAGAAAUUAAUAGAUAAUUAGGGCCAAUUUUUCAAACCUUAGUUAAAACUUAUUCAUCGAAUAUCGUAUUAAACAACCACUUUAAAAAUGUGUUACUUGCCCACUUGUUGACAGUUUUUAGGUGACAUCUGUAUAUUAUUGUGUAAUACUUUAUUGGGCGGAUAAGAUUUAACUAAGGAUUGAAAAAUCAGCCCUUAGGGCCAAUAUAAUAUUAAUGAAAAAAUAAUAUUAAUGUUAUAAAAUAAAACACCAUGUGCUUUUCAAAAAAUCAACAUUUUUUCUAUCAGUUUUUGAUAAUCUUAAACCAAAAUUAUAUUCGUACAUAAUCUUAUGAUCUAUAGGCAUAAACAAAAGUACUUGCCGCAUUAUAUAAUUUGACACAAGUUGCAAAUAAAAUUAUAUGUUCGAUAAACAAUGUAUUGUCAGUCAGUUUACAAGAUUGUGUCUGGAAAUGAUUAAGGGGGGAUACUUUUUCCUGAAUCUUCAUGACUUCUUCGUUUUUUUGGUUUAGUUUUUGAACCGUUUGGGGGAAUAAUUGUUGGUUCAUUUUUAUAAUAUAUCUGGGAAACAUCAAUACCAUUUUCAUAUUCAAGUAAUUUUCUCAACAAGAAUUUUCUUUCAUCCUUAACAAUUUGAAUGUUUUCUUGAAUUUUAGCAACUUCAUCACACAGUGCUGCAUUCUCCUAAUAAAAUUAAUGAAAAUAUUAAAAUAAAAUCUUUAAUGAAAUAAUAUCACACUUUGAAUUAAAUAUUUUUUUAUUUAAUAUAGAUAUCUCAUUUUAUUUAUCUUAAAAUAAAUAAUAAAAAUAGUGUUCAGAUUUCACAGUGUUAUUUAGAAAAUGAUAUCACGUAAAUGGAAAAUUUUCUCUGUUUGCUUCUACCCACUUUAAAAUCAAAAUUAUUCUUACUAAAUUAAAAAAGAAUUGAGAAUAAUUUGUGAUUUAAUAUAAUAAUAAUGUAUUUAUGUAUAAAAACACGGAUACUCACAAUUAUAAGACUUUUAACUUUUAA